CCUGUAGAGUCAGAUCAUGUGACAGAAUGGAGGCGUCGCUGAAAACAUUCACCCGUUCACCACAUACACACACCACCAGGAACCCAUUUCACAAUAAACGGAUAAGGCGACAAACAAUUUUGAUCAACUCAGUGGACAACGUUUAUUUUCCCACAUCGCAAUGAAAUGAGGGGAGCAUGGGGGCCAAAGAGUCGAGGAUAGGAUUCCUGUCGUAUGACGAGGCCGUCAAGAGAGUCACUGAUGUGGAAUUGAAGCGGCUGAAAGAUGCCUUCAAGCGAACCAGCGGCCUCACCUAUUACAUGAACCAACAGUGCUUCUACAGGGAAGUGCUGGGAGAUGGAGUUCCACAUAAAGUUGCAGAGGUGAUCUACACCUCAUUUGGAGGCUCGCCUAAAGGGCUGCACUUCAACAAUCUGAUCGUGGGGCUGGUGCUUCUGACCAGAGGACGCGAUGAGGAGAAGGCUAAGUACCUCUUCAGCCUGUUUGCCAGCGAUCUGGGUGGAUAUGCUGCCAGGGAUGAUAUAGAAGCGGUUCUGCAGGUCCUGGAUGGAGAAAUCCCGGCCUCCCUCAAGAAGUGCUUCAGUGAUAGUGACAAGGUGAACUAUGAGCGCUUCAGGAACUGGCUCCUUCAGAACAAGGAGGCCUUCACUUUAUCCAGAUGGCUUCUGUCUGGAGGUGUGUGUGUCACGCUCACAGACGACAGCGACACGCCCACCUUCUACCAGACCCUGGCUGGCGUCACUCACUUGGAGGAAUCAGACAUUAUAGACUUGGAGAAGCGCUACUGGCUCCUGAAAGCCCAGUCCAGAACCGGCCGCUUUGACUUGGAAACCUUUGUCCCAUUGGUUUCUCCUCCCAUCCAUGCUUCACUGAGUGAAGGCUUGUUUCACGCAUUCGAUGAGAAUCGAGACAAUCACAUCGACUUUAAAGAGAUCUCUUGUGGACUUUCUGCGUGCUGUAGGGGGCCCAUUGCUGAAAGGCAGAAAUUUUGCUUCAAAGUGUUUGAUGUGGAUCGUGAUGGGGUUCUGUCUCGAGAUGAGCUCCAUGAAAUGGUGGUUGCCUUGUUGGAGGUGUGGAAGGACAAUCGCACAGACACACUCCCUGAGCUGCACAGUAGCGUGUCAGACAUAGUAGAGGCCAUGCUGAGGAUGCAUGACACAACCAAGCUGGGUCACCUGACCCUGGAAGACUACCAGAUCUGGAGUGUGAAGAGUGCGUUGGCCAAUGAGUUCUUAAACCUUCUUUUCCAGGUCUGCCACAUAGUCCUGGGGCUCAGGCCUGGUAGUCCUGAGGAGGAGGGACAAAUCAUCAGGGGUUGGUUAGAGAGGGAGAGCAGACAUGGGCUGCAGCAGAGUCACAACUGGUACCUCAUCUCUAUGCUGUGGUGGCAGCAGUGGAAGGACUACGUUAAAUAUGGCAGUCCCUGCUGUUGUCUCCCAUUCCAGGAGCAUAAGGGCAUCGUGGUGGAGCAGCCAUCCAUCCUGAGCUCAUUGCGAACUCCGAUGGCCACAGGCUCUAUUGAACUCAGCCCGCCAGACGGACUGGGAGGACUGGGAACCUUUGGCCCGGUCAGCCCCACUGAGGAGAGGUCACCUGAUGCCGUGUCCAGCGCCUCGGAAGCCACAGAGAUUGCAGCCCUGAGCCCGCAGGUAGCUCCCUCUGCCACAGAGAGCUGUUUUGCCCGUCAGCCCAAUGUAUCAGACAAUAACAAUCAGUGUUUUUCUGGAGCGAACGGCCAUCUCCCCUCUCAGCUGGCAGCACAGAGACCUGGAGCCAUCGACAACCAGUCUCUGGUCAAUACAGAACCCAUGAAGGCCCCUACGAUAACCAUGGAGGGUGGAAGGCUGAAGCGCUCCUUGCAGCUGGUGCCUGGCAGAGACUUUGAGACAGUGCCUGAGCCGGUGUGGCGUGCGCUGUACCAUUGGUACGGUGCCAACCUCAGCCUGCCUCGACCGGUUAUUCUGGAGAGCAAGACAAGCCAAGCAGAGCUGGAGCUCUUCCCGCGCUACCUCCUCUUCCUCCGCCAGCAGCCGGCCACGCGCUCCCCCCAGUCCAACAUCUGGGUCAAUAUGGGUAUGACCAGCCUGCGAAUGUUCCCACCGUAUUUACCCCCACCAAGAGCAGGUAACGUGCCAUCCCCCAACGCUCCUCUGAAGAGGAUGUUGGCCUACACAGGUUGCUUCAGCCGCAUGGCCACCAUCAAGGACAUCCACCUCUACCUGUCCCAGAGACUCCGCAUCAAGGAGGAGGACAUGAGACUCUGGCUCUACAACAGUGAGAACUACCUCACACUCCUGGACGAUGAAGAUCACACACUGGAAAGCUUGAAGAUCUAUGAUGAGCAGCAGCUAGUUAUUGAAGUCAGGAACAAAGACAUGAGCUGGCCUGAGGAAAUGUCUUUCAUUGCCAACAGUAGUAAGAUGGACAGACACAAAGUUCCCACAGAGAAAGGAGCUACUGGCCUCAGUAACCUUGGCAACACCUGCUUCAUGAACUCCAGUAUCCAGUGUGUGAGCAACACCAAGCCUCUCACAGACUACUUCAUCUCAGGAAGACACCUCUAUGAGCUUAACAGAACCAACCCCAUCGGGAUGCGAGGUCACAUGGCCAAGUGUUAUGGUGACCUGGUGAUGGAGCUAUGGAGCGGAACACAGAAGAACGUGGCUCCACUCAAGCUCAGGUGGACAAUAGCAAAGUAUGCCCCACGCUUUAAUGGCUUCCAGCAGCAGGACUCCCAGGAGCUGCUAGCCUUCCUGCUGGAUGGUCUCCAUGAAGAUCUUAACAGAGUCCAUGAGAAACCCUACGUGGAGCUGAAGGACAGCGAUGGCCGGCCUGACUGGGAGGUGGCCUCUGAGGCAUGGGAGAACCACCUGCGUAGGAACCGCUCCAUCGUAGUGGAUCUAUUUCACGGUCAGCUCAGGUCCCAGGUAAAGUGUAAGACCUGCGGACACAUCAGCGCUCGCUUCGACCCCUUCAACUUCCUGUCUCUGCCCCUGCCCAUGGACAGCUCCAUGCAUCUGGAGAUCACUGUGAUUAAACUGGAUGGCUCCACACCUGUGCGCUACGGCCUGCGGUUGAAUAUGGAUGAAAAGUACACUGGGCUGAAGAAACAGCUUAGUGAACUGUGUAGUCUGAAGCCUGAGCAGAUCCUCCUGGCUGAAGUUCAUACCUCCAACAUCAAGAACUUUCCUCAGGACAACCACAAGGUCCGUCUUUCUGUUAACGGCUUCCUGUGUGCAUUUGAGAUCCCGGUGCCAGGUUCACCAACGUCACUGAGCUCACCCACACUGACAGGUAAAGCUGAUCACUCACACGUUGUCUUUGCAGUCUUGUCAGCAUGGAUCUGUCUGAAUGCACAGUUGUCCAUUUUGUCGUCUCCUCGCUCUUUGCCUUUAUUAGACAUCACCCCAGUAGCCAACUGCUCGGCUGCCAAUGGGGACCUGGGCAGUAAGACCGUCCUCAUCCCCAACGGUGGGCCCAGCACCAUGGUGCCCUUUAACCCGGAGUCGCCCCUGGACAACGGGGUUGCCAAUGGACACAUCACACCAGUACAGGAGAGUCCCUUCAUAGGCUACAUCAUCGCCAUGCACAGAAAGAUGAUGCGUAUGGAGCUGUACUUCCUGUCAUCUCAGAAGAACCGGCCCAGUCUGUUUGGCAUGCCGCUCAUCGUUCCCUGCACGGUCCACACCAGUAAGAAGGAUCUGUACGAUGCUGUUUGGAUCCAAGUGUCCCGACUGGCCAGCCCACUGCCUCCACAGGAAGCCAGCAACCAUGCCCAGGACUGUGAUGACAGUAUGGGCUACCAGUACCCCUUUACUUUGCGGGUUGUGGGAAAGGAUGGCAAUUCCUGUGCCUGGUGUCCUUGGUACAGGUUCUGCCGAGGCUGUGCAAUAGAGUGUACAGAGGACAGAGCCUCUGUGGGAAAUGCUUAUAUAGCUGUGGACUGGGACCCCACCGCCCUGCAUCUCCGCUACCAGACCUCCCAGGAAAGGAUUGUGGAGGAGCACUGCAGUGUGGAGCAGUCCCGUCGGGCCCAGGCUGAGCCCAUCAGCUUGGACAGCUGUCUGAAGGCCUUCACCAGUGAGGAAGAGCUGGGUGAGGACGAGCUCUACUACUGCUCCAAGUGCAGGACGCACCGGCUGGCCACUAAGAAGCUGGACCUCUGGAGGCUGCCGCCCAUGCUGAUUGUGCACCUGAAGCGCUUCCAGUUUGUAAAUGGUCGUUGGAUCAAAUCUCAGAAGAUUGUCAAGUUCCCGAGGGAGAGUUUUGACCCCAGCGCCUUCCUGGCUCCCAGAGACCUGGAGCAGCACUGCCUUCACUCCCGCAGUAAGAGCGAGGAUCUGCUGAGGGUCGGAGAAGACAACCUGUCCUCCAUCUCUGCCCCCGCUGGUUUCUGCAACCUCUCCAAAGCCUCCCCUGCCUCUAGCAGGAAGUCAACGCCUUCUCUCAGCCGGACCAGCAGCCCCUCUGGCAGCCCAAAGACCGGCAGCGUAGGCCGCAGGCCAGGCCGGCUACGCCUUCCCCAGCUGGGCAGCAGACACCGCCUCUCUAACAGCAAGGAGAACCUGGAUGGAGCUGCUAAUCCUGAGGCUGAGCCACAGGACGGUGCACAACAGCCGGACACAGAGGGGAGCUUGUCAGGGGCGGAAGAAUCAAGCCUCCCUGGAUCAGGAGACGUGAUCGCGUCAGAGGCAUUGUGCGGUACUGAGGUGUCCAGCAGCCUCUGUGACGUGGUCCUGGUGAACGGUGACAGCAAUGGACUUAGCUCAGACUGCAGCACAGAGAGCAGCAUGGACCCUGACAACUCGCUGCUCCGGCACAGUGACAACAUGUGUCUGGACGCCAUCUACAACCUCUAUGCAAUAUCAUGUCAUUCAGGAAUCAUGGGAGGAGGCCACUAUGUGACGUAUGCCAAAAACCCCAAUGAGAAAUGGUACUGCUAUAAUGACAGCAGCUGUAAGGAAGUGCACUCUGAGGAGAUCGACACUGACUCGGCGUACAUCCUCUUCUACGAGCAGCAAGGUGUCGACUACUCCCAGUUUCUGCCAAAGAUUGAUGGCAAGAAGAUGGCCGACACCAGUAGCAUGGAUGAAGAUUUUGAGUCCGACUACAAGAAAUACUGUGUCCUCCAGUGAUCGCACCUCGUCUUCCAUCAGCCAGCACUACACCUGCUCUCUGCUCCCGCCUCCUGCUCUGAGCAGGAAGCACCAGACGUUCCCAUUGUUUGGAGGAAUUCUACUAGACUAGAGUCAGACUGUGGUCUCUGUCUUUAGGGAUGCGUCGCAGCACUUUCUACACUUGAUCGCAAACAUAUUUUAGUGCAAAGGUUUGCCGAAACAACAAUGAAGCCCUGGAAAAAGCACUAAACUGGUGCACUUUGCUGAGCCUGACAAAACAACCCCCCCACCCCCUCCUCCUCUCGUGAAGAACCCUCGCCAUAACAUACAUGUAACAUAAACUUGCAUACUAAUGCAUCUCUGAAUGUAUGCCAGUAUGGCCAAGUCAUGAAGUGGUUGCUUUGUUAUUGUGCAUUUAUCACUUGUGAUGUCCAAAUGAAAAGAAAAAACAAACAAAAAAACAUCUGCACCUGGAGUUAUCAUGUGAUCCAAGCCUGAACAUCUUAAUGGAAGAAGGAAAUUAAUGACGCCAUAGAAGGAAAUCCAGGCAAAGCCAAUGAUUGGAUACAAGUUGAGUUUUAAAUGCCAAGUGUAAAUGGGGCCCAAGACCUAAAGAACCUGUGUUAAUGUCAUGUUUGACGCCACAGAACAUGAUGUUGACAUUUGGUAUCUAUUGUAUUGGAUACUAUGACAAGCUUUAAAAAAAAUAGGUAAGGUUCUGAAAGGUUUUAUUA